CCUGUCCCUGCGCGGCUUCCGUCCUUCCGCCCUGCGCCGCGCGCCGCCCGCCAUGGCCAAGAUCAAGGCCCGAGACCUGCGCGGGAAGAAGAAGGAAGAGCUGCUGAAGCAGUUGGAGGAUCUGAAGGUGGAGCUGUCGCAGCUGCGCGUGGCCAAAGUGACCGGCGGUGCCGCCUCCAAGCUGUCCAAGAUCCGUGUGGUGCGCAAAUCCAUUGCCAGAGUGUUGACUGUCAUCAACCAGACCCAGAAGGAGAACUUGAGGAAGUUCUACAAGGGCAAGAAGUACAAACCCCUGGAUCUGCGGCCCAAGAAGACUCGGGCCAUGCGGCGCAGGCUCAACAAGCACGAGGAGAACCUGAAGACCAAGAAGCAGCAGCGAAAGGAACGUUUGUACCCGGCCCGGAAAUUCGCCAUCAAGGCAUAGCCCUGAGCAAGCUGCAGCACCAGGCUGGGGGGCUGGGGAUGGCUCAUUAAAUGGAGUUUGGUUUGGAAGUGUCA